AUGACUGCUAUGGCCCAGCUCUCGGACGCUGCCGGCUUCACGAGCGUCGUGUACUUUAUGGAGAGGGCGAUGAACGACCCAAACUCGCCCAUCUUUGAGAUCGACUGGGAGCGCACGACUCACGUAAACUAUGCGUUCGGCAAGCCUGCCCCCGAUGGCUCGGUGGGGUUGUAUGACCCGUACGCGGCCGUGGAAAUCACGUACCCCCAAUUCGGAGUCAACAACAGCUUCGGGUUGGACUUCGUACGCAUUGACUGGGAGUACCCCACAGAGGGCGGCAACAACCAGUCGGUGGUGCCCCAUCGCCCCAACGACAUCGCCAACUACCUAAAGGUGCUGCAGCUGUUCCGCCAGGAGCUCGCUAAGUUGCCGUGGAAGGCCGAGCUUAGCGUGGCAUCCCCCGCGGGUUCCGACAAUUACCGCCACUGGGACUUUACGGUAAACUGUGGCCUCCAGGAUCACAUCAACAUCAUGACGUAUGACUUGGCUGGCGACUGGAGCGCCUACACGGACCACCAGGCCAAAUUGUACAAAGACCCAAACCACCCCGCGGGCAAAGAUUGCCCUUCGGACAAGAUCGUGCUGGGCAUCCCCGCCUAUGGUCGGUCAUUUGAAGGCACUUCUGGGCUGCGAGCCGGGGAUGUGGGAAUACAAGGCAAUGCCGUUGGCUCCGAGUACUUCGACGAAAAGCUAGGCUCGGCGUACAGCUACGACCCAGAGUCCAAGCUUUUUAUUACGUACGAGUCGCCUAUGGCAGCCAAGCUCGACUUCAUCAAGAAGUACAACUUGGGAGGUACUGGUCGGGCGAUGCUGACGCUGGGGCUGGCACGGCGCGAUCGUUGA